AUGUUCUCCUUUCCCACAGCCCCAUUCACGCCAUUGCGUGCGGCUGCCGUAUUGCCGGUGCUCCUGCUGUUACUGCUCAUUGCUGCGAACGGCGCGCAGGCGUACAUCACAGGCGCCGUCUCAUGGGCCUCAACGGAGGGCUCCACCGCAGCGGACAGAACUUUUUCUGCGCCACUGUUUGCAACCGAUGGCACGGUCCUUCUGUACGCAGAGAUGGUCCCGAGCAGUGCAACGUUCCGUCUCCGUAAUGUCACCGGCCUUGUGAUACAGGAGUCGACGUACGACCCCUUCGCUGAGUGUGCGAGCCCCACCGGGGUGACGCUCUACAACCAAGGCCCGCGUGUGUUCAUCUUCUGUGGCGACGGCCAGCUAUUCUUCGAUGUUGUGCUAGAUACCACAUCGGGGGCCGUGCAUGCGGAGCGCUACACCACCGAGGAGACGUUUUACCCCUCGGAAACGCCACACCCGACACCACUGCUGCUCGCGCGCCGCCCCAAUGCAGGGCUGCAGGUGGACGCCGCGCUGGUGGUGUCGCGCCGCGGCCGCGAGUACUGCAUUGGGCGCUACGUGCCAAAGGAGCAUUUCAUUGUGUGCCAGGCGGAGCCUAUAGCCGACUUCUACCUCGCAACGUGGGCGGCAGCGGCGUCAGCGGAGGAGCUGGACCCAAAUACAUACCUCAUCACGGAGUCUAAAGUGCCGACGGGACUGCGGCUCGACAACUACUACCUGCCAACGUUUGCAUCCGGUGUCAGACCCAACGCGACGAGUACGCUCACGCUGGAGGAUAGCUCCGGUGUGAUGCACACAAACGUGAAUGAUGCAAACGGCUCUGCUCCUCUUAUUGCGUAUGUGCAAGCCGGCGUGUCAGAGACACUGCGUGUGACGAUCGCUGUCGUAAAUGUCUACACACUAGAGUUUGUGAAGAGUGGGUCCGUCAACAGCGAGAUUGCGGUGGAGACAAGGAGUCCAGUGUCGAGUGCGUAUAUGGUGGCCAAUGAAAACAGCUACGCUGUGGUCGUGCAGACAUCCGAUGUGUUGAUGGUCAUUGACUACAAUGGUUUACCAGAAGUCGUAACGCCAAAGUGGGCGCUGCACCUGCGUACAGUGCCUGAAGUUAUUUUCUCGCCUCUUCGAGACUUGAGCGCCUCUGCUGAUGAAUGGCACCGUCGACAGGGCUCGCCGUCGUACACAGACUACAACCCGUACCACACAAUUCAGGCAACAAGCCUUACUGUGGUUCAGGCGUCGUCAAAUAUGACCACGUAUGCCUUGUCGUCUGGUUCUGUUAGCGGGAGCAUGGGUGAGAUAUGGAGUGAUGCAUCGGCACCGUUUUGCAAUAUCAAUGAUCGCAUUGCUGUCAUCACAGCAUUUGAAGACAAUUUGGUCUACGUUGGCUGCACAGCCAGUGGCCACUACACCUUGAUCGACCUCUUACAAGGCUCAUUGUCCUACUUUAUCAAGUGGCCAACGGUGUAUCCGUCUGUGAUGGCAUCAUUCGGUUAUAUUAACCGAAUAGGAUCUGUAACACUGUCCAAUGGAACAAAUGCCAGGGGUAUUGACUUGAAUCCAUUGCUCUUGUUUAGCGAAUCGGUUUUAAGCCAGCGGCGGCAACAACCGGCGGGCGCAUAUUACCAGGGUCAAGUUGCUAUGCUGACGGAGGUCGAUGAAUCACCACAGGAAAUGAUGUUCUCGUACUAUGUGCACAGCACUAGAGGAACGGACGGUGGCCGCACACCCAUGCCGCGGAAAACUGGCCCCACGAAGCUGCCACGAAAUGUGACCUCUGCGGCUCCGUUUACAGUGUUCUUUGGGGAUCGAAAACGCUACAUUGCCACAGCGACAACUGCUGGUAUUCUCACUGUGUUCCAGGCGAGUGACGGCUCAAAGGUGUCCGACUUGAAUCUUAGCAUGUGCAUUAAGGAUCCGACACACCCAGAAGUGGAUACAGUGGCAUUUAUGAAUUCGUUGCAGCACUUUGGCUCUUACACGGAUUACUACGUUGUACUUGGUGGAACUUCCACUUGUAUUUUUGAAGUGAACGACACGUUGAUUCCUCGCAUGACACAAUUUCAACGGAAUACCCAGGGAGCUACCUUUGGAACCACCACGUACAGUGGCUACAGGUACACUACUGCAACAAGAGAACUGGCUGCAUUCUCAAGUUUUUUUGACACCACAUCAACGAACGUGUACUCGGUGGCAGGUCUUGAUGCCUAUGUUGUGGGUUCCAAUGUGUUUGUCUACAUCAAGGAUGGUACCAUUACUUGCCGAAGUGUACGAAGUGAUAUUACAGUCUGGACGCAGGCACUUCCUACGGGAUAUCAAGCUCCUAUUGUGCACAUGUCCUAUUACAACAACACUGUAUUUGUGGUGGAUCAACAGAAAAUUUAUCGUUACGAUGUUCAGUACCGUGAAGUCGAUAAUGGCGCGUCGCGUGUGCUUUUCCAAGCUACCGUAGGAGCUCCUGGUAUGUCCAUUCAGGGUUCGACUGUGGGACAGGGUAUCGUGGUUGUCUAUACAAUCACAGCACUGUAUGCGUAUGACGCUGCCACAGGUCAACGGAUGUGGCAACGCACCCCACGGACAACACAGUCGUUUUCUGGUGGAAAAACUGAGGUUGUGGUGUAUGCACCGGAAGAUGCGGGUGGAAGCAGUACUUCGGAGACAGGUCCCGCGUAUAUUGAGGUGCGUGUCAACACCCCUGGUAGAGAAUCCAUGCGGCUCGUUGAUGUGUAUACACAGUUCAGUGGGUCAGCACUGACUAGUGUAUCAGAGGUGCCGAAUGACUUAACCGGGCCUGUUAUUUGGGGCAACAGGUACGUGACAUUCUCGGCGGGUGGAGCGGGAGGGAUGGUAGCCUUCCGUGCUCUUAACCUUCCGAACGUAACAAUCCCAGAGCAGGCAAAGCGGGUGGCUACACCUACCACGGAUGUGUUCGUGCCAGGUGAGAAUCCCAUUGUGCCGGUUCCGCCGGUCCUUCCACGUGGUGAUGAUAUGGCAGCCGGUGCACCGCCAAUGAUCUUCUCUCUUAUUGGUGAUGCUGCUCUGGUUUCAGAAGAUCGGACACAUGCGGUUGUCGGAAUUAACCUGCGCAAGGGCGAAACGACUGAAUAUACGGUGCGUUGUGUCAACGUGAAUGAUCCGCAAGGGUCACCAAGACGUGAAUGGGCACUUAGGCCUGGGACAUCUCUGUCCAGUGCCAAAUUCUUGGGGAUUAGCAAUACUCAUUUCGCUAUCUUCACCACUACUCAGUUUCAGUUUUAUGCGUGGUCAAAUUGUCAGGAGAUUGGUUCACUACAGGUGUUGAGUAAACCUAACAACGGCUUCCCACCCUACAUUACCCGUGGAGACAAGAACCAGUGGAUCUUCCUUAACGGUGAAGACGUUAUUGCGAUGGAUGCUUCAUCUGGUAACCAGGUGUGGCAGACAACGGUGGGCAAGUGCUCUACCAUUCGACUCGUGGGCGGCUCUGUUAUAUGCGAUGGUGGGUCUGCUGUGGCUGUAAUUAACGCUGAUAGUGGGGGCGUAAUGUUCCAGGAUGCAGCAGCGGGUGCCAUUGCACUGGCCGGAUCCAACUUUGCUGGUGUGGCAGUCACGGCACGUGGGUACAGUGCCGUUUACUACUCAACCUCGGGCAAGGUAUUCGAGGCAGAAGUCGGGAUUCCAGGGAAUGCAGGAAACGUGGUGGCUGCGAUUUCUGGGAGGUCGGCCACAAACGUCGUUGUGUUUUUCGAUGGCUUGGUGGCGUCUGUAACAUUCAGUCCGGACACGAGUAGUGCAAAGGUGGACUGGACCAACGACCUGAAUGGGGAAUCACCGCAGCUAGGCGCGGCUGGGUAUGUGGCUGCUGCUAACGCCAACAUUGCUGUCGGUACGUCCAAUGGCAUUGUCAUGCUGGAUGCUUCUACGGGCCAGCCGUUUGCAAACAUAUCCCUGCAGAUCCGAUUUCAGAAGGAUGCUGGUGAAGUUCAAAUGAUGAAGAUCUUGCCUGUGACGAGCAACAGCGUCUAUGCUUUUAUGUGGAAUGGAUACAUUACGUUGAUUAAUAGUACUCCAGGUGAAGCAUCGACAGUUUUCGCCUUCGGCUCCGGUGUAAAGCGUGCUUCUCAGCUCUCCCUUGUGGACAGAUACCUUCUGAUCAGUUCAGGUGCCUCAGCUGGCAUAGUGCCGCUUGGCACAUCGUACUGGGGUGCUCCUGUGUCGGAGGCAGCAAUGACACGAGGUAACACCGGCAUCUUUAUUGCUGGUAGGGAUCAAACGAACACCACGGGUGUGAAUUUGGCUGCUGUCACAUCGACAGGUAGGAAGUUCACUCGUCACGUUCCCAGAGAGGUCCAGAUACUUAGUUCCAUGCCGACAGGCAAGUUUGUGGUAUUCUUUGGGAAUCGCUCGAUUAGUUCUAUCGGUGACGCCGAGGGAUCGGGUAUGGACUUCGCAUUACCUGCAUCUUGUCUGGGGGCGGAACUAAAGUAUGCUUCACGCGGUGAGGCUGUGGGUGGAUCAUCUGUAGUGUGGUAUGGCGAUUCUACUCACAGCUGCAUCUUCAUUGUCGACCAGAAAGGAGCCCCACCUACUCUACUGACGACUUUUACUGAAGUAUACACAGGUAUGGCGAAUGUGCGUUACGGCAAUAGCUUCGCACUUAUCUCACCGAUGGGCAUCUCUUUUAUUGGUCACGAUGGGUACCUCAUCGGUUUUGUCCCCAAAGACAGAGCCACCUACAUAUCUUCACUCUCCUCGCCUGAUACCGGUCAAGGUAUCGUGGUGACCGUCGAUCGUGGAAACGGGAUCAACUGCUUCCAGGUAGAAGAGAUGCUGCAUGUGUGGAACUACACCUUGUCAGCGACGUCAUCAGCCCCCAUAACUUAUUACAACGACAGUAUCUUCGUUUCAACAGAGAAGGGUCCAUACCAUCUCUCACUCAAGGAAUUUACGUACCCAUGUCCAGAUCGAGCUCUCCUUUUUUUGUCGCGCGAACCCGUUGUGGGUCGCACAACGUAUCACUCGCAGGUGGUGGUGAAUGAGGUGUAUACCAUGGCCUACGUCACAACCUACCAGACCUUCUAUGCCUUUGAUACCUUCACAGGCGAGGUUUUGUGGCAACGCCCUGAUCUAUACGGUGUGAAACAUGCGGUUGUGCUUCGAAAUGGCAUGCUGUUGGCAGCCAGUAGCGAGACGAGUGGUGUGGUAUUCCUGAAUCCCUUCACUGGUGAGACGCUGCUCACCUUCGCCGGUUCCGGUUUUGGCAGUAGUGCCGCUGUAUUUACCUCGCCCAAUGACAUGGGGACCGUUGCGUUUGGUGAUGCAAUUGCAACUGUACUCGACAUUGCAAAUUACGACUCCUACUUCAAUGGGGUGAAACCGAACCGACCAGUGAACACAAACACGCCGCCAUACAGGCCGUACAGCUACAGCAAAAACGACCGCCCGAAUGACUGCAGUGCACCAAGCAGUGCAGGUAUGCCUCUCUAUCCUCAAAUAGGACUGGAGUGGGUCUCCGGAUCGCAUUAUGGUCUUGCGGGUGCUGCGCAAACGUUUAUCGACAUUCCACCCGGUCACGAGAGCGGGUGGGCAGCCUCGUUGGGGACGCAAACAGUAUACAUUGCACGUGUCACAAAGGGUAUAUUUGAGCAAACUGCCCGUGUUCGCCUCGAUGAAAGGGGGUGCAACAUGCUGAAUCUUUUCGCUUCCAGUGCAGAGAAGGUUAUUGUUGGUAUCAGGUGCAACGACAAAACACUGUUCUUCAACGCAUCAGGGGUGCUUCAAGGAAACGGUACGCGUUUCGCAAAAAGCAGCCAUUCCGCUGUCAUAAGGGAUUACGGGUUUUUCAUGAAUGACAAGAAUUAUUUUGACGGUAUAAGUUUGUCUACUUUUAACAUGGUACCGAAUAGUGCAAACACCGUUAAGUGCGAGAGUGGGUAUAAUAUGGUGGCAGUCCCCAAAGAAGAGCGUAUUAUAUUAUUCUGCGAUGAUGUCGGCAUCCGGAGUGUGCAGUACUCUACCUUGAGCCAAAUUGGUGGAAUAGCCACCGCUGGGCCAGGUCUUACGACGUUUACUACCUAUGACGUGGAUGAAGCGAGUAAUUUGGGCAUUGCAUGUGGCCAAGGUGGACCAGGUCUUUAUAUGGUGGUUUUCAGACUCAAUAACGCCUCUGUCAUAAUGACGCACAAUGAAACAAUUAGGGGCAAGCCUCUCUGUGGGAUUCGCUACCCGGACAAUACUAACAUCACUUCCCCAUUGUUUGUGCUGGCCUAUCCAGAUGGGUUCAAAACGUGGUCCUUGACAGGCGGUCCACCCCGUGAAACCCAGAAUAUCGGUAACUCCAUCCCCGCAGCGAUAACAUCCAACGGUGUCAUAUACCGAAACAAGGCCUAUGAUUACUACUUCCGAGGUUUCGGUGGAUCCGCAAGUAGGCUGGUGAAGGAGGCUGCGGGAGAAGUGACUGGACACAUGAUUGUACGCGGCACUGACGGGUUUAAAGCAACUUCAGUGGCCAUUGUAUAUGGUAGAGAAUUCAGCUUCGCUCUCGACACUUCUAUGGCGGAUCCAAGGCCAUUGUGGAGUGGUGGUGGUGGUAUUCAGUACAACCCGAAUGCGCGCUACGUUUCGUCAAUACCGUAUGUCUACACUACGACAGAUACUCAAGCCUUCGUAGGUUUAAUGGCAAGGAAUGUCUCCUUCAGUGUCGAGGGAACGUUUCGGAUGAGCUCAUCGUUAGUCGACGGAGAGCAACGGGCAUUUUUCGCACAACCUGGGACAAUAGGCUGUGUAAGCAGUAGCGGUAAUGUAUUGUGGAACGUUGGCUUCAGCAACAGUGGCCGCCCACCCAUUCCCUUCAGCCCCGUUGUGAUGGAAAAUUUGGACUACGGACUGGCAUCAGGUGGCGGGCGCACAGCAGUGAUUUUCAACAAGCGUACAGGUGCUAUUGCGAUGUCCUUCCUCUUGGAUACGUGUCGGUUUUCUGCUGACGUCAACGACGCACAAGUGUUUACCAAUGGAACACUGGUUUACAUCACCAUUAUGAGGUGGUCGUGCAUGCACAUUGUAGACAUCAACGUGAAAAAUGAGACUGGCGUGCCAAGCAUAACACCAGUGACGACGCUGGAGGUGUCGGGGUUAGCAGAGGGUAUGAGAGAAGGAUUUCCCAUCUGGGCGAAAGUCGAAAGGGCUGACCACAUUGUCUUUGCAGCUGAAACACCGAACACGGAUGGACGCAAUCAAACCUUUGUCGUCUACCGCAUCGAUAACGCGCGUACCUCUUCGUGGACGUUGUUAUGGAGGGCUAGCCUUCGCGUAGACAUGGGACGUACUUCCACGUAUGGUUACUUCAUUUACACCUCCGUUGAAUCCAUACUGAAUGUGUACGAUCUUCUGACUGGACGCUACGUCUGGGGAUACAUUUUUGAUACAAGCAUUACUGCUCCAGUUGUGGGUGCAGAUCGCACGUUGUAUGUUCUGACCGUAGGCGGUGUACAGUCGCUCCGAUCAUACCUCAACACAGCAUGGUCUUUGCGUCUCAUGGGCAACACCAGUGUGCCAAGCAUGAUGUUAGGUGAUCGAAGCGCGCCACUUGGGCCGUUGCGCACACCAUAUGGACAGAUACUCUUCUCCAGCAUCGUAAACACGAUAGCGUUUACGCACGAGCGGGAAGCUGCAUCACUAAAGUUGGGAUGGGUGGCAGAGAAGCCAAUUUCUCGCCUCAAUAUGAUGCCCUUAGCUGGGAACACGGUGGUGGGACUGUUCGACAGUGGUAUCGGCUCUGGUGCGCUGGAUCUUUCCUCCGGGUUGAUGUUGUGGUUCAGCGGCGAGUACUCGGCGACUCCCAUAAAUAACGGUGUUUUCAUUCCGAAUGCUCCACUGUUUGCCUGCUCGUUUGUCCGCGAGAGUCCCACGUGCCGCUUAGUUCCUCUGGAGCUCCUGCAGCCUCGUACCAAAUUGCCGUUGUACUUGUAUGAUGCAGAGCCACUUGAAAAAACACCGAGUGAUUGGGUGCCGAUUUACCCCGGGGGUGGCGGUAACAAACCGAUGAGGCCAACUCCACGCUGUGUCUCUCUGAUGUAUUCACUCCUCCCGCCAUUCGCGAACUGCGUCGUCGAAGUCAUUGCAAAGACAUAUCCCCAAGGGCGAGAUACACCGUUGUCAUGCCCUGAUGUGUUCUAUCCCUUUUUGAAGUGCAUGGAAUCUCUGACAUUGUUGGGUGACUCUUGUGUUGACGUUGCGACAUACAUGAGCGUGGACUGGAAACGCCAGACGUCAGACCCGCUGUCCCCAGUGGGGGUGUGCGACGCGACGGAAUCGCAGUACCGCUGCAAUACUACGGACGGGGAGGUGCUGGCAAAAACAUGUCAACUCAUGUCACUACCCUUUCUGCCCAGUGGAUACGAAAAUCCGGUGGGUUACGAUCUUGGUUACGAACUCCCUGUAUUCCAGUUUCCCUCGCCGCCAGUGUCGUCAAAGAGCAACGCUCUUGUGAUUGCUAUGGUUAUUGUUGCCGUCGUUGUCGUCGUCGCCGUCGCUGCAGGAGUUGGUGUGUACUGCUACCGACGCAGGAAGAAGAGGCGUGAUGCGCGGUUCUUCGACGACGACGACAACCAGAGCGCUGCUCUUCUUAAGCACGAUAACGAUGAAGAGCCCAUGACAAGCUUUUCACCCCGCAGCCACGCUGCAAGCUCAAUGAUAAGUUCUCUAGACGUUGACGGCGUUGCACCACGUGCACCGCCACCACCAGUACAAGAGGAUGACAGCUUCUCUGAAGUAUCUGCUGUUGCACCAGCAGCAACAACAACAGCAACAGCAGGAGCAGGAGCAGGAGCGGCAUCAGUCCCAGCCGCAGCGGCGGCACCUGCUGCCGCUAGGCCGAAGAAGAUGCCGCCGAAGAUGCCGACGAAGGUGCCGGGCAAGAUGAUGGCGAAGAAGGGCUUUGGCCCCAAGGUACCGCCACCGGCAGCAGGAGCCAGCACCAACCCCAACCUGGCAAUUGUCGAUGACAUUUAA